AACGUGCAGUGUCGUUUAUCUUCCUCCUUUUUAUUCAUCACAAUCUACACUUCUGGACGCACUAAAAGAGUUGGAGACAUUUCGCCAUAUAUUCUCUUGUGCACAUUUGCAUCGACCGUUCGCUGAGAUUUUUUACUUUAGGUCUUUCAGGAGUAUGGAAGACGAUCAUGAUAGGAGUUGGAUGUACAAUCGUCUAACUGAUAGAAGACAACUAACUCGAGCAUUCUUGGAGGGUUUGGAAACGUUCAUCCAAUUUUCUCUGGAGCAAAUAGGUACAUCAAGUGACGUUAUCAUUUGUCCGUGUGUGAAAUGUAAGUGUUUUAAAUUUCAAACGCCAGACCAAGUCAGGGAGCAUCUGUGUAGAAAGGGCUUCAUGCCGGACUAUGAAUGUUGGCAUAUCCAUGGGGAAAUUCGGCAGGCACAUGCUAUUCAAGGAGGUUAUUAUGGGGAAACUAGCCAGCGAAACAACCUCAAUGAAUAUGAACAGUUGGUUAUGGAUGCUGCGGGACCGUCGAUUGGGCAAAAUUUUGAACCCGAUACUCAUGUCGAACCAUCCUACAUGGCAGAGGAUCCUAAUCCGGAAGCGGAAAGGUUUUACAACAUGCUUCAAGAUGCUCAACGUCCAUUAUGGGAAGGUUGUGAACAUAUUCAACAUACUGAACAUACAACGCUAUCAGCAACCCUAGCAACACUACAGUUGAAGAGUGAUCACCAUAUGAGUGAGUCUGCUUACAAUGGCUGGAUGCAACUCAUGCGUCAGGUUGUUCCUAAAGAAAAUAAUUUGGCGAAGGAUUUUUACCAAGCAAAGAGAAAGGUGAAAGAGCUUGGGCUCGGAUGCACAAAGAUUCAUUGCUGCCCAAAAGGAUGUAUGCUAUAUUGCGGUGAUUACAUGUAGCGCACCAAAUGUGAGUUUUGUAAGCAUGACAGGUACAAAGUUACGAUAGUCUUUGUAUUUUUAUAAUUAUCAUUUUAUAUAUGAGUUC